GCUAAUAAAUUGACUUUUCAUUUUGUCUAAACUUGGAAAUUGUGUAAAGAAACUGAGAGAGAAAGAAAGAGAGAUGUAUGCAGAAAACGAGUCAAUCUUUCCAUACUUCCAGAACUUUCCCCAAGAAGUUCAACAGCUUGAAGACUUCUACUGCUCACAGAAACCCAAUGCUUCAACGGUGUGUACAAUAUCAGAAUAUGACCUUGGAGGAGCGGCGGACCUUUUCAAUGCUCCAGAGCCACUUUUUCAAGAACCAUUGUUUGACAUUGAUCCAAUGACAGCUGCCAUUUCCAUGAUUUCCUGUACAGAUGAUGUCAUGCGGCCGCACCAAGAGCUUAAAAUAUCAGACAUCGAAUCAUCAUUUGAGAGUGAACAAUUCCUCAAUGAUGCAUUCUAUGGUUGCAAAGAAGAUCUCUUGGCAAAGGAUCCGAUUGAGACCCCGUUCUCUGAGGCAUUAGAUAUCAGCAUUCCCAUUGUUGAAAAUGAUGAAAACUUGACCGUCGAGAAACAUUUGACUUCUCAGGGACUGUUUCAGAAAAGUGGAAGUUCGGAAUCUCUAUGCUCCAUGGAGCGCGUGCAAGGUGUGCCCCCAACAAAGCCGAAUUUUCUCAAUUUUUCCGCGAUGGACUUUGGUGCAGUGUAUGGUAUGAGAAGGUCCUUCAGUGAAGGAGACAUAAAGGGAUAGGGCUGGCUCAUUGACACUGAGUUUUUAUGACAGACACUCCUUGGAAAUGGUAAUGUAAGCCUCAUCCACUCUCCCCUGGGACAGAAGCACCAGAUUAUCAGCACCUCCAUUUCUGAAGCUCGAAAAGAGAAGCUCUCUAGAUACCGUAGCAAGAGGAACAAGAGGAAUUUCGGCAGGAAAAUCAAGUAUGCUUGCAGGAAAGUGUUGGCGGACAGUCAACCGCGGAUCAGAGGGAGAUUCGCGAAAACCGAAGAAACAACAGAUGGAUCCAAGAAGCAUUGACUGCUGCUCUGUACUGAAAACAAAGUUAGAAGAAUGUAAAAUGGAAUUAGUUGUUGGGCAGUGGAAAACAGAAGCUAAACUGUGACCCCUUAAAACCUGCCAGCAUUGCAUUAGCUUCUUUCAUUCCUCCCUCUCCUAGCUAUAGAUCUGUAUGUAUUAUGUUUGUUGAUGUGCAUAUAUAAUAAAUAAAUUCAGUAUGUCUACCCAUUCUAUUCAUUCCAUCUGAAGUGGACUUGGCCAAUCAGACAUGGUCAAACUUUAUUUACGUUCUUUCUUUAUUUUUGUUAGUCAUUUGAUAAAAUAAUAUAGUCAUGUCACAACU